AUGGCGAAUCGAACGGGUGAUCUGGUUGAGCCAGUGCAGGAAGCUUACAAGCUCGAUGUGAAGGCGUUGUUCGACUACGCCUCUGCUCAUGUCCCUGGAUUUCCUCUCUCUCCCUCCAAAUUCACUCUCUCUCAGUUUGGACAUGGACAAUCAAAUCCGACGUAUUUGAUGGAAGUGGAGACGGUAGGGGCUGUAAAACGCUACGUUUUGAGGAAGAAGCCUCCCGGGAAGCUGCUUCAAUCUGCUCAUGCCGUUGACAGAGAAUUUCAGGUUCUCAAGGCACUAGGUGAUAAUACAAAAGUGCCAGUUCCCAAGGUUUUCUGUUUGUGUAAUGAUCCAACUGUGAUUGGAACUGCAUUUUACAUCAUGGAAUACUUGGAAGGUCGGAUAUUUGUAGACCCGAAGCUACCGGGUGUAUCACCUGAGAGGAGGAGGAGAAUAUAUCAGGCACUUGCAAAAGUAUUGGCAUCAUUACAUUCUGCUAAUAUUGAUGCCAUUGGUUUGGGAAACUAUGGGCGCCGAGACAACUAUUGUAAAAGACAGAUAGAGAGAUGGUUUCAACAAUACCUUUCUUCUACUAAUGAGGGAAAACCUGAGAGAAAUCACAAGAUGUUUGAGCUGGUUGAUUGGUUGCGGAAGAAUAUUCCUCCAGAAGAUUCAUCAGGUGCAACAGGAGGCCUAGUUCAUGGAGAUUUCCGCAUUGAUAAUCUUGUAUUUCACCCCACCCAGGAUCGAGUCAUUGGUAUUCUUGAUUGGGAACUGUCUACUCUUGGAAACCAAAUGUGUGAUGUGGCAUACAGCUGCAUGCCUUACAUUGUACAAAUUGGGGUUGAAACGGAACAAUUAGGUAAAGGUCUUGAGCUCAUUGGAAUUCCAGAAGGGAUUCCUUCACAGGCUGAAUUUCUGGCAGAAUACUGCUUUGAAGCUGGAAAAGCAUGGCCUGUCUCUGAGUGGAAGUUCUAUAUUGCCUUUUCUAUGUUCCGUGGAGCAUCAAUCUACACAGGCGUAUAUAAUAGAUGGCUAAUGGGUAAUGCUUCAGGAGGUAAACGUGCGGAACAUACAGGAACUCAUGCUAUUGAACUCGUAGAUUGUGCAUUGGAUUUUAUUUCCAAGAAGACUGUCCUUGCGAAGUGUCCCCCCUUUGUUUCACAAGGUAGAAGGCUAUAUGGGACUGAGAACAAAGUUCAAGACCUUCCAGAGGGAAGUGGGAGGUUUGUUCCUAGUAAAAAGGUUCAGGAAUUGAGAAACAGAUUGAUUAAGUUCAUGGAAGAUCACAUUUAUCCCAUGGAAAAUGAAUUCAACAAACAUGCACAGUCUGACGUGCGUUGGACUGUGCAUCCAGAGGAGGAGAAGUUAAAAGAACUUGCAAAGAAAGAAGGAUUGUGGAACUUAUGGAUUCCUUUGGAUAGUGCUGCUAGGGCAAAAGAACUUAUUUUCAAUGGGAGUGAAAAUGCUCACUUUGACCAUGCACAUGAUCGUUUACUUGGCGCGGGCCUCUCAAACCUUGAAUAUGGUUACCUUUGUGAGAUUAUGGGUCAAUCUCUUUGGGCUCCGCAGAUCUUUAAUUGUGGUGCACCAGACACUGGGAAUAUGGAGGUAUUGUUGCGGUAUGGGACUAAAGAACAGCUACAUGAAUGGCUUGUUCCAUUGCUUGAGGGGAAAAUUCGCUCUGGAUUUGCAAUGACAGAACCACAAGUUGCAUCCUCGGACGCAACCAAUAUCGAGUGUUCUAUCAAAAGACAUGGAGAUUCAUAUAUCAUCAAUGGUACCAAGUGGUGGACUAGUGGAGCCAUGGAUCCAAGAUGCAAAAUUCUUAUACUCAUGGGAAAAACUGACUUCACCGCCCCUAAGCAUAAACAGCAAUCGAUGAUCUUAGUGGACAUUCAGACUCCAGGGGUAUCCAUAAAGAGACCACUAAAAGUGUUCGGCUUUGAUGAUGCACCUCAUGGACAUGCAGAAAUUUCCUUUCAGAAUGUUUGUGUGCCAGCAAAGAAUAUUCUACUGGGAGAAGGACGCGGCUUUGAGAUUGCCCAGGGAAGACUGGGUCCAGGAAGAUUGCACCACUGCAUGAGACUGAUUGGUGCUGCUGAGCGUGGUAUGCAGUUAAUGGCUCAAAGGGCUCUUCAACGGAAAACAUUUGGAAAAUUCAUUGCUCAACAUGGUUCAUUUCUUUCCGAUAUUGCAAAGUGUCGAGUAGAGCUGGAGCAAACCAGGUUGUUGGUUCUUGAAGCAGCUGACCAGCUGGAUCGACUUGGAAACAAGAAAGCUCGUGGGACAAUUGCAAUGGCCAAGGUAGCAGCUCCGAACAUGGCACUGAAGGUGCUAGACAUGGCAAUCCAAGUACAUGGUGGAGCUGGGGUAUCGUCCGACACCGUCCUGGCACACCUCUGGGCUGCAUCAAGAACAUUGAGAAUCGCAGAUGGACCUGAUGAAGUGCACUUAGGUACCAUAGCCAAGUUAGAACUACAGAGAGCUAAGCUUUGAAGGAUUUUGAAACAAAGAUCAUCAAGCAGGUGUUUCUUUUUCCCCAAUUUCAAAUGAUAAAAGAGAAUGGAACAGUCCAAAAAGCACUUGGGCAUUUUCCUUGUAAUAAUGGGGAAUGAAAGCUGUGAACUGUAUGCAAGACAAUUGUCAUGAAAUAUGAAACUGCUGGAAUACUUUAACA